AUGUCCUGUCUGGAAUGUAGUUCAGGUCAUUGUGGUAAUAAGUGUAUGCUUCAUACUAUCUUGUCAUUCUUUUCCUUGUUAUCUUUUCUUUUUGUCAUCGAAAAUUUCGUCUUGACGUUUGCAUUUGGUUCACCGAUGACAUUAAUGAAUCAUCAUCAUCAUCAUCAACAGCAGUAUAUUCCUCCAUCAUGGUCAACAACAGAUAAUAAUAAUACACGUUUUCUUUCCAUCGAUUCUCAACAACAAGUCCAACACCACUGUCGUCCAACAUUUUCCAAUGAAACAAAUGAUAAUCAAUAUAAUUUAUCAUCACAUAUCCAACCUAAGAUCGAACCGAACAAUGUCAUUAUCAAUGGGAAUAAUGAUACAAUUAUUGAUGAUCAACGUCCAGAUACACAUUCGUCAAUGAUGAACGACAAACAAAUGGUCGAAUGUGUUGUUUGCGGAGAUAAAUCAAGUGGAAAACAUUACGGACAAUAUACAUGUGAAGGAUGUAAAUCAUUUUUUAAACGUUCAGUUAGACGUAAUCUUAACUAUACAUGUCGCGGAAAUCGAAAGUGUCCGAUCGAUACUCAUCAUCGUAACCAAUGUCAAUAUUGUCGAUUUUCUCGUUGUUUAAAAAUGGGCAUGAGACGUGAAGCUGUUCAGCGCGGUCGUGUUCCAUCCGUUUCCAAUACAUACGGCCAUUUUACCUUUCCACCCGAUGCACAUAACUAUUUAAACAACUAUAUCUCGCACUUAGUUCGUGCGGAAUCCUAUUCAUUCAUAUCCAAUCGCUUGCAAUCGUCUUCAUCAUCGACUCCAGCUGCAGGCAGUUCAUCCAAUUCAAAUUCGUCAACAUCUUCAGAAAAUCCCAAUCCCAAUAUGAUUACUAUGGACAAUGCAUGUGAAUUAGCGGCUAGUCUUCUAUUCGGUGCCGUUGAAUGGGCACGAAACAUUCCGUUUUUUCGAGAAUUAACUCUCAAUGAUCAAUCCUUGUUAUUACAAGUCACAUGGAAUGAAUUAUUUCUGUUGAAUGCCAGUCAAUGUAAUAUGCCGAUACAAGCGACACAAUUAUUAAUCUUAAAUGGUAUUCAUAAUAAUACUAUUGAUUCAGAUAAAGUACAAACUUAUCUGGAUCAAACACGAAAAUUUCAAGAACAAGUAGAGAAGUUCAAACUGAUGCACUUAGACCAUGCGGAAUAUUCAUGUUUAAAGGCAAUUAUUCUAUUUACACCAGAUACAUUGGGCUUAUCCGAUCCUGGACAUGUUGAUAGUUUACAGGAAAAAUCUGUUCUUGCUCUCGAAGAAUAUAUUAAAAGUCAAUAUCCAUCGCAUAUGAAUCGUUUUGGUAAACUAUUACUUCGUUUACCCUCAUUGAAAUUAGUUAGUUCACAAGUGAUCAAAGAGAUCUUUUUCGUUCGUCUGGUUGGCAAAACACCUAUUGAAUCGUUAAUUCGAGAUAUGUUAUUAACUAAUAAUACGUUUCCGAAUGGAACAAUUCCAACCACUGCAUCCUCAUCGUCGUCAUCAAGUGUAACCAAUACAUCUGCCUUUAAUCUUAAUUCAACACAAGUAUCAAAUCAAUAUUCAGCUUUUCCACAAGGCAACUCGUCCUCACACCAAUCAAAACAGUUUCGUAGCAUUCGUUCAUUUCGUAUCUUUUGUCUACUACUUGCGCAAAACAUGAAGUUAUACAAUUUAACUUUACAACGUCCCGGUGGUAUAACUCAUGUCAUCCAUGGAAAUUUCUCCGGUCCAAAACAACAAGAGAUCAUUGUUUCACGUGGUUGUGUACUAGAAGUUCUAAAACCAGAUCCAAGCACCGGUAAAAUCCAUACAUUAUUAAGCUAUAAUGUAUUUGGCAUUAUUCGGUCACUUCAUCCUAUCCGAUUGUCGGGUAGUAAUCGAGGUAAACAGCGUGACUUGGAUGCGUCCAAAGAAUUUCAUUUGUAUCGAUUUUUAGAUUAUAUUGUUGUCGGCAGUGAUUCCGGUCGGAUACUUAUUCUUGAAUAUAAUGGACAAAAAAAUGUACAUCAAGAAACGUUCGGAAAAUCCGGUUGUAGAAGAAUCGUUCCCGGUCAAUACUUAGCUGUCGAUCCAAAAGGACGUGCAGUACUUAUUGGCGCACUCGAAAAACAGAAGUUAGUUUAUAUACUGAACCGUGAUUCUCAAGCACGACUAACCAUUUCAUCGCCAUUAGAAGCACACAAAGCAAAUACAAUAACAUAUUGCAUUGUUGGUGUUGAUGUUGGCUUCGAAAAUCCCGUUUUUGCCUGUUUGGAAGUUGACUAUGAGGAAUGUGACAAUGAUCCUACUGGCCAAGCAGCAAAUGAGAUUAAACAAUCUUUAACAUUCUACGAACUUGACUUGGGUCUUAACCAUGUCGUGAGAAAAUAUUCUGAGCCGUUAGAGAAAUUCGCUAAUUUACUUAUUACUGUACCGGGUGGAAACGAGGGACCAAGUGGUGUACUUGUUUGCUCGGAAAAUUAUAUUACAUUUAAAAACUUUGGUGAUCAACCAGAUAUUCGUUGUCCAAUCCCAAGACGUCGAAACGAAAUCGACGACCGAGAACGAACGAUGAUUAUUGUUGCAGCAGCCACGCAUAAAACGAAAAAUAUAUUGUUCUUUCUUGUCCAAACUGAGCAAGGCGAUAUUUUCAAAAUUACUCUGACUCAUGAUGCCGAUAUGGUUACAGAAAUUCGUUUGAAAUACUUCGAUACUGUACCUGUAGCUGCUGCUAUGUGUGUUCUACGAAAUGGUUUUCUUUUUCUGGCUUCUGAAUUUGGCAAUCAUUAUUUAUAUCAAAUAACUCAAUUGGGUGAUGCCGAUGAUGAACCAGAGUUUAGUUCAUCGGAACGACUUGAAGAAGAAGACACAUUCUUUUUUGUACCACGUAAACUAAAAAAUUUAAUCCUAGUCGAUGAAAUGGACAGUUUAUCACCUAUCACCGCUUGUCACAUUGCUGAUCUUGCUAAUGAAGAUACACCACAACUGUAUGUUACUUGUGGCCGUGGACCUCAUUCAACGCUUCGUAUUCUUCGUCACGGUUUAGAAGUAACAGAGAUGGCCGUCUCAGAAUUACCUGGUAAUCCCAAUGCAAUACUUAUUCUUAUAUUUUACUUAGAUCCGUAUGAUUCAUACAUUGUUGUCUCAUUUUCCAAUGCUACUCUAGUACUAUCUAUCGGUGAAACCGUUGAAGAAGUAGCUGAUUCUGGCUUUUUGGGUACGACGCCAACCUUGUCAUGUAGCCAAUUGGGUGAUGAUGGAUUACUUCAGAUUUAUCGUGAAGGUAUUCGACAUAUACGAGCUGAUAAACGUGUGAAUGAAUGGCGAGCACCAGGAAAGAAAGCCAUUACACGUGCCGCUGUGAAUCAACGACAGGUUGUUAUUGGUUUAACUGGUGGCGAACUUGUUUAUUUCGAAAUGGAUACAACCGGUCAAUUGAAUGAAUACACUGAAAGAAAAGAAAUGCCCGGUGAUAUCGUCUGUAUGGCAUUGGGUUCAAUACCCGAAGGUGAACAACGGUCACGUUUUCUUGCCGUUGGCCUUUCAGAUAGUACUGUGAGAAUUAUUUCACUGGAUCCACAGGAUUGUUUGAGCCGGCUGAGUAUGCAAGCCUUACCAGCUCCGGCUGAAACCUUAUGUAUUGUUGAUAUGAAGACAACCGAAGGUGGCGUUGUAGUUGAUUCCAGUAGCGGUCGCGAACAACAAAUUGGACCGACUACGACUUCAUUCUUAAAUAUUGGUUUACAGAAUGGUGUACUCCUAAGAAGUGUACUGGAUUCCGUUACAGGCGAUAUGUCAGAUACUCGAACACGAUAUCUUGGUUCGAAACCAGUGAAAUUAUUUCGAAUUUUAAUGCAAGGAAAUGAAGCUGUUUUAGCAAUGUCCAGUCGCACAUGGCUUAGCUAUACGUAUCAAGGUCGUUUUCACUUAACUCCCUUAUCAUACGAAUCUCUUGAAUAUGCUUCGGGUUUCGCGUCGGAACAAUGUCCUGAAGGUAUUGUUGCUAUCGCUGGCAAUACUCUUCGAAUUUUAACGUUGGAAAAGCUUGGUGCGAUAUUCAAUCAAGCUAUUCAUAAGUUAAAACUAACACCACGUCGUUUCAUCAUCUAUCCCGAAGUGUAUCGACUGUACUUGAUCGAAUCCGAUCAUCUCGCUUAUACAGAAGCAAGUAAACAGCAGAAACGUGAACAAAUUAGCAAGGAGAUGAUCGAUGCAGCUGACAGCGAAAAUCGAGAAUCUGUACAAGAAAUAGCCAAUGCUAUGCUAGCUGAAAGAAUUCCCGAAGAAACGUUUGGCGCACCAAAGGCAGCCAACGGCAUGUGGGCUUCACAGUUACGUGUUAUGGAUACAAUCAGUGGUGAAACGAAAUUCCUCCGUGAAUUUGAACAAAAUGAAUCAGCUGUUUGUUUAAGUUUAAUGCGAUUUGAUACACGUCCAACGGAUGUAUUUUUAUUAGUCGGUGUUGCACGAGAUCUUGUUCUCUCGCCUCGUUCACAUUCUGGCGGAAUGAUUUACUGCUUUCUCGUAUUGGAAAAUGGUGAUAAACUUCAUUUUAUUCAUAGAACGGUUGUUGACGAAGUUCCAUCUGCUAUAUGUCCAUUUAUGGGCCGUGCUUUGAUUGGUGUUGGAUCAAGUUUACGUAUUUAUGAAAUUGGAAAGAAGAAAUUAUUGAAAAAAUGUGAAAAUAGAAAUAUUCCCAACCACAUAGCGACGAUACAUGCCGUCGGUAAUCGAGCAUUUGUGACAGAUAUUCAAGAAAGUAUACAUAUACUUCGUUAUAAAACAAUGGAAAAUCAAUUAGUGACAUUUGCUGAUGAUACUUGUGCGCGUUUUACUGUUGCAUGUUGUUUAUUAGAUUAUAGUACUGUCUGUGUAACGGACAAGUUUGGUAAUAUAGCUAUUUUACGUGUUCCUGUCGAUGCUAACGAUGAUAUCGAAAUCGACCCAACAGGAAGUAAGGGUUUAUGGGAUCGUGGUCUCUUGAAUGGUGCACCGAAUAAAUGUGAUAUACUCGCUCAUUUCUAUGUGGGAGAAAUGGUUACAUCUGUCCAACGAGCAACAUUGAUUCCAGGUGGAUCUGAAUCUCUUGUCUACACAACAUUAUCAGGCUCCAUUGGAGUACUAAUACCUUUUGCAUCAAAUGAGGAUUAUGACUUCUUUCAACACUUGGAAAUGUAUAUGCGAGCUGAGUAUCAAACGCUAGUUGGUCGAGAACAUCUGGCUUUUCGAUCUUAUUACUAUCCUGUUAAGAACGUUCUCGAUGGCGAUCUCUGCGAACAAUACAAUCAUUUGGACAUAAACAAACAGAAAUCCAUCGCCGAAGGUCUUGAUCGUACGGCAAACGAAGUGGCUAAGAAACUGGAAGAUAUUCGUACACGCUAUGCUUUCUAA